AUGCUUAUAGCCCAAAGCCGCCAAAAGAGUUAUGCUGAUCAGAGGCGAAAGCCUUUGGAGUUAGAAGAAGGAGAGCAUGUCUAUCUGAAAGUUACACCAACUACUGGAGUGGAAAGAGCUAUUAAGACUAAGAAAUUGAAUUCCCGUUAUAUUGGACCAUUUGAGAUCUUGAAGAGAAUUGGGCCGGUAGCUUAUAAAAUUGCCUUACCGCCAUAUCUUUCGAAGUUGCAUGAUGUGUUUCAUGUGUCACAGCUUCGGAAGUAUACUCCUGAUGCAAGUCAUAUUCUAGAACCAGAACCAAUCCAAAUAAGAGAAGAUCUAACACUUUCAGUAAUUCCGGUAAGAAUUGAUGACACCAGUGUUAAACGAUUACAUGGAAGGAAAGUAUCAUUAGUAAAAGUAGCUUGGAGUCGAGCCGGUAUCGAGAAACAUACUUGGGAACUCGAAUCAGAUAUGCGAAAGGACUAUCCACAUCUCUUUUCAGGUAACUGA